AGUGAUGAAGCAUGUGCUUGCUAUGAUAGUGAUGAACCAUGUACAUGUAUGCUCCUGCUUUCAUGGAUUGUCCGGUAUGUUGUGUGCUAUGCUCACUGUUAAUGUGUGCUACGAUUGUAGGACAUGACCACGCAGACGCAAGAUCUUAGUCAGGCCCUUGUCGUGUCCGACAGCCAGUUUGCUUCAUCGUUUGUCGAGGACUCGCAGCCUAUGUCCGAGAUGGCACCUGAUUCAGAGGUGUUCGAGUCUGAUUCCCUCUAUGUGCCAGUAGUGCUCGUUGAGCCAACUACUGUUGCUGCUGCUGCUGCCGCUGCACUCAAGCUAGCAGCAGCAAAGGCAAAGAAGGAUAGUAGGUCGAACAACAUGAAGUGGCAGCCGUUCAUGUCCACGUUCGUGCUGAACAAGAUGUGUGAGCUCAUCUCUAGUGGAGUUAGGACUGACAAGGGCUUCAAGGAGGUGCACUUGAACACCGUUGCGAAGCAGGUGUUCGAGUUCUGUGGGCAAGAGGUGUCUGCCACCCAGGUGUACAACCACCUGAGGAAGUGGAGAAGUCGAUGGAUCCAAGUGUCCAAGCUGAGAGACCUUAGCGGUGCCUCAUGGGAUGAGAACACUUGCUCCAUAGUUCUGGAGGCAGAGCACUACGCCGGCCAUGUCGCGGACCACCCAAGGGACGCUGAGUUCCUCAACACACUCAUCCAGAACUACAACCAGAUGCAGCAUAUCUUCUCCUUCGGGCUGGCAACUGGGAAGCAUGCCAUGGGCUCGGGGGAGCCUCUUGGUUCUCCCAUGCCUGACUUCCCUGGGACCCCAGACGUCGAGAUCCUUGAUGGCCCUGACAAGCCCGCUGCGAAGCCCUUCGACAAGCCAUUUGACCCCGUUGAUAGGAAGAGGAAGAGAGGAGGCCUGUUGGAGGAGGAGAUCAAUGUCUUCUGCCGCAUGACUGGGGCGGUGAAGGAGGUGGCAACAGCCAUCAGGGAGUGCAAGCCCCUCGACGUCCACCCUGACCUGUAUGCCGCUGUCAUGACCCAGGGUGGCUUCAGCGACGAGGCUCUCAUGGCAGCUCUCAGCCACCUGCUUGACAACAAGGCCCAGGGUGUUGGGUUCGUUGCCAUGGCCAACGCUCACAGGAUGCUGUGGCUCAGGAGCUGGCUGGGCAAGCACUACUACUAG